UCCCGAUUCUGAAAAUUCCAAUUUUUUCAAUGGCAGUUGCGAUGGGGAAACUGAAACCAAACGCACUCACUCCCUCGUAGACCGAACCAAAAAAGAAGACAAGAUAAAACUACAAGCUGUCUUAGAUCUAGAAAGUCAGAUCCAAACUUCAUAUAUUUCCGUUUGAUUCUCGAGAAAGAGAGAGGGAAAAAUGGAAAGAAUGGAGAAGUUCAUAGAUAACUUGCCUCCGAUGGAUCUGAUGCGGUCGGAGAAAAUGACGCUUGUUCAACUAAUUAUUCCUGUCGAGUCCGCUCACCGAGCCAUUUCUUAUCUCGGUGAGCUCGGUCUGCUUCAGUUUCGUGAUCUAAAUGCUGAGAAAAGUCCUUUUCAACGAACAUUUGUUAAUCAGGUAAAGCGGUGUGGAGAAAUGUCGAGAAAGCUACGCUUUUUCAAAGAUCAAAUUAGUAAAGCGGGUCUACUAUCUUCAUUACACCCUGUUGUGGAGCCAGAUGUAGAAUUGGAGGAAUUAGAGAUACAACUUGCCGAACAUGAGCAUGAGCUAAUUGAAAUGAACUCAAACAGUGAAAAACUUCGACAAACAUACAAUGAACUUCUGGAGUUCAAGAUUGUUUUGGAAAAGGCAGGUGGUUUUCUUGUGUCAAGUAAUAACCAUGCAGUUGACGAGGAAAGGGAAUUAAGUGAGAAUGUAUACUCAAAUGAUGGUUAUGUUGAGACAGCAUCAUUACUUGAACAGGAAAUGAGGCCUGCAGACCAGUCUGGGUUGAGAUUCAUCAGUGGCAUCAUUUGUAAAUCCAAGGCUCUUAGAUUUGAGAGGAUGUUGUUUCGUGCUACCAGAGGCAAUAUGCUUUUUAAUCACGCACCAGCUGGUGAAGAAAUCAUGGAUCCUGUAUCUGCUGAAAUGGUUGAGAAAACGGUAUUUGUAGUUUUUUUCUCCGGGGAGCAGGCAAAAACAAAGAUUUUGAAAAUUUGUGAAGCAUUUGGAGCCAAUUGCUAUCCUGUACCUGAUGACAUUAGUAAACAGAGGCAAAUAACCAGAGAAGUUUUGUCACGUCUUUCUGAAUUGGAAACCACGUUGGAUGCCGGUAUUCGCCAUCGGAAUAAAGCUUUGACUUCGGUUGGAUACCAUCUAACACAUUGGAUGAGCAUGGUACGAAGGGAGAAAGCUGUAUAUGAUACAUUGAAUAUGUUGAAUUUUGAUGUUACAAAGAAAUGUCUCGUUGGGGAGGGAUGGUGUCCUAUAUUUGCAAAAGCUCAGAUUCAAGAGGCAUUGCAACGCGCAACAUUUGAUAGCAAUUCCCAAGUGGGUAUAAUAUUUCAUGUGAUGGAUGCUGUGGAAUCACCUCCUACGUAUUUCAGAACAAACCGUUUCACAAAUGCAUAUCAGGAGAUUGUUGAUGCAUAUGGUGUUGCUAGAUAUCAGGAGUCAAAUCCUGCCGUUUACACUGUUAUCACUUUUCCGUUUCUUUUUGCGGUGAUGUUUGGUGAUUGGGGUCAUGGAAUAUGCUUGUUAUUGGGAGCAUUGGUCCUCAUAGCUCGAGAAAGCAGGCUAAGCACUCAGAAACUUGGAAGCUUUAUGGAGAUGCUAUUUGGGGGGCGCUAUGUACUCCUUUUAAUGUCACUUUUUUCCAUUUAUUGUGGGUUAAUUUACAAUGAAUUCUUUUCUGUUCCCUUUCACAUAUUUGGUGGUUCUGCUUACAAAUGCCGAGAUGCUACCUGCAGAGAUGCACAGUCAGCUGGUUUAAUCAAAUUUCGUGAUCCGUACCCAUUUGGUGUGGAUCCUAGCUGGCGUGGAAGUCGUUCAGAGUUGCCUUUUCUGAACUCUCUUAAAAUGAAGAUGUCAAUUUUGCUGGGUGUGGCCCAGAUGAACCUAGGAAUCAUAUUAAGUUAUUUCAAUGCACGUUUUUUUCGCAACUCUCUGGAUAUUAGGUAUCAGUUUGUGCCACAGAUGAUAUUUCUCAACUCCCUUUUUGGGUAUCUUUCACUUCUCAUCAUAAUUAAGUGGUGCACCGGUUCUCAAGCAGACCUUUAUCAUGUGAUGAUCUAUAUGUUUUUGAGUCCCACCGAUGAUCUUGGUGAUAAUGAGUUGUUCUGGGGCCAGAGACCACUUCAGAUCGUACUGCUGCUUUUGGCGUUAGUUGCAGUUCCAUGGAUGCUCUUUCCUAAACCUUUUAUUUUGAAGAAGCUUCAUUCUGAGAGAUUUCAAGGUCGCACCUAUGGCAUGCUUGGUACCUCUGAGUUUGAUCUUGAUGUGGAACCCGAUUCUGCACGGCAACAUCAUGAGGAGUUCAACUUUAGUGAGGUUUUUGUGCACCAAAUGAUACACUCCAUUGAGUUUGUUCUAGGUGCUGUCUCAAACACAGCAUCGUAUCUUCGACUUUGGGCUUUAAGCUUGGCACAUUCUGAAUUAUCGACCGUUUUCUACGAGAAAGUCCUACUACUUGCUUGGGGGUAUGACAACAUUGUCAUUCGAUUAGUUGGGCUAGCGGUUUUUGCCUUUGCAACGGCUUUCAUACUACUCAUGAUGGAGACACUUAGCGCUUUCCUUCAUGCCUUGCGUCUUCACUGGGUGGAAUUUCAAAAUAAAUUCUACCAUGGUGAUGGCUACAAGUUCAAACCUUUCUCAUUUGCCUUGAUAACAGAGGACGAUGAUUAGUUAAACGAUAAUCCUGCUUUUUGUUUUUAGAUUAAGUUUGCAAGAGAGAAGAUGAGAACUAUUUUGAUGAUGAAGGCUACACAAAGAUGGAUAUAUUUGGCAGACGUCACAAUUUGGCUGGUGGGAGUUUGCUCUUCUUAACCCAGCUUUUGUGCUACACAAAUUUGACUUAGGAAUGUGAAACCCUGGCAACACAUUUUUUCUAAUGUAUUGAUAUACCAAGAGCACAUUAAGAGGUAAGUGCAAUUUUUUCUUUUAAUUUUGUUUCAUCAAAAUAGGAGAAAUGGGUUGGUUAGGAGGGAGGAGGGGGUGUUGGAGCUAGUUGUAAAGAGGAGCUCUGGAUUCAUUAUACCAUUUACCUUGGCCUGGAUUUUAAUUUUUUGUCUUCAAUUGGGGAGAAGGCGGGGUAGAAUUGGAAGGGUUGGAUUUUAUAAAAUCUUAUACACACACAAAAUAGUGUGGAUUUUGCAGGUACAUAGCCUUUUGUCAUAUUCUUAAUGUAAUGAUUAAUCAUAUUCUUAAAGAAUUCAAUUUUUUUUUUGGCCUGGAUAUGGUUAUAUAGAGAAAAUUCCAAGAAUAAAUUUAUUUGCC